AUUCUCGAUGUUCCGAAGCCCCGAUACUCAAGCACUUAUUAAACAACGCUGGUGCGCUCGAUGGUAAACAAUCGUUGCAAAUCGGGGAUGAAAUUUCCACAGGUAUCUAUCAAUCACUUACUUUUGACCAGUAUCUCUCCAACACCCACCAAACAAAGAUUCGCACAUAUUUCCACUGAAUGAAUUGAACCAAGACCAUCCCUUGUCAAUAUGAACAUUUGUCGAAAUAGUCAAUCUGGUCGCCACCCCUGAUAGCUUACAACUUCCGUAUUAGUCUUUCAACAAGCAAAAACACAAGAUGCCUCCAAGAAGAUCGCAUAAGAAAUCUAAAGCCGGCUGUCAGAGAUGCAAGCACAGGAAAAUCAAAUGUGACGAAAAACAUCCUUUGUGUGGAAAUUGUAAAAAGCAUGGCGUUUCCUGUGAUUUUGGAGAUAUGCCCUCAUCACCUGAUUCACCAGCUUUCCAACCUCCAACGCUUGCCCAUCAAAGUUCCGAAGGCUCGGUCAACCAAGCCUCAUCACCGGCGUCUACCACUUCUUCGAUAAUACCCUUCUACCGGUCUCCUUCAAUGACAGUCAGAGCUCACGGUAACUCAAUGCAUGAUCGAUCACUUGAGCUCAGGCUAAUGCAUCAUUAUACUGCAACGACUUCGAAAACUCUUUCUAAUGAUGAGAGUCAGGACGUUGCCUGGUCUGUGAACGUACCAUCACUCGCUUAUGACUCCCCAUAUCUAAUGGAUGCCAUCCUUGCCGUUUCUGCUCUACACUUACGCAUAUUACAGCCUGACGAUCGAAGUCUUGCACGUGCAUCACAUAGUUAUAUGGCAUCAGCGCUUGCUCAAUAUUCUUCUCUUUUGAGCCAGGGCCCAUCUCAAAGCAAUGCAGAAGCGCUUUUCUGUACAGCUGCUCUCAUCGCUUUCCAAGCAUCGGCAUCCCGUUGUGUCGAGAAUGGAAUCGAUGGGGAUUCUGACAGUGGUUACGUCCUACCACUCGCUUGGUUCCAUUCUUUCCAGGGAGUUAAGACAAUCGUUAUUACUUCCUGGCAUUGGUUACGAAAUUCUGCUAAAAUCUUUCCGAUCAUCAAUGGGCAGCCUCCAUUAAUACUAGAUUUUGAUCCUGAGCGCCGAGGGUUCUUUGCUUUUUUGCUCGAAGGUAUUGACCAUGUAUCGAACUCGGACGAUGCCUCCAUAGAUGCAGAUACAAAGCAGGCAUAUGAACAUGCUGUUGCUAUGCUCAACUGGUCUCAUCAAAAACCAGAGCGAGCUCGAAUUCUCAGUUUUGCGGCUACCGUAACACGUCGUUACAUUGAUCUACUAAAGAGACAGGAUCCUCGUGCUUUGGUUAUUGUGUCAUGUUUUUUUGCUAUGACACGUAUUGUUGAUGAUAUCUGGUGGCUCCAAGGUGUUGCAAAAAGAGAAGUGACAGGAAUCUUUAGUUUAUUGCCGGAAGAGUGGUGGCCAAAGAUGGACUGGCCAAUGCGAAUUGCAUAUUUCGAGGGGAGGUUGGAUGAGGAUACAUGGGGUUCUUGUUGGCAUACAGAAGGGACGCCAAAACGGGAAGAAGGAUUCAACGGCAAUCUCAUCUCACACAUCGACAUGUUGGCUAAAAUCAUGAAUGCGGCACCACCACCAGACUAAAAGCCAAUUUUUCACAAGUUACAAAAACCGAGAGUAUCGGAAUACGAUAUGCUUUCAAGUAUCGUGGAGUUUUGGGGCCGUUGGCGUAUUGGGAAACAGCUAUCAACGGGGAAAAGCAUCUUUGAAACACAAGCCCUUUUGGGGUACUGAAUGCAAUUAUGAACAGUUGUACGGCCAGAAACACAGUCGGCAUUUAUGGUACAUGUAUAGUAGGAAUGGAUUGCCGUUCGGGCACGAGUUGAGGAUUUAAUAUGUAAUACUAAAUUCAUAUCUGCGUAUAUCA